AUGGACUCGCAGCUGUCAGUGGUCAUCAACUCGCCCACACACACCCCGCACAAGUUCACACUCGACCUCAGCCGACAGUGCACUAUUCUCGAACUCAAGGAGAUUAUCGUCACUCGACUCGACACUAAGCUCACUGUCUCUGACCAGCGCCUUAUCUUUGGAGGCCGGAUCCUCGACGACAAAGACACUCUCGACCGUGUCUUUGAGAAGGUUGACUGUUCCACACCCAUUCGCUUCAGAGGCAACUCUGACAACUCCCCCUCUACUGCAUCAACCAACACCAACACAGCUGCAACGUCAGGCACCGACCUGAACAACUUUGCAUUUACGCCAUUCACAACGGCCACACCAGCAGCAGCAACAGCAACAGGAGCCCGUGAUGGCCGAACCGAGACAGAUGCCUCCAACAGCACAACAAACACAACAACUGCCUACAGCCCUUUCCCAUUUAUGGCCACCGCAGGGGGAGUUCCUGUGAUGGUACCUAUGGCUCCUCAGGCGAUGCAAUAUGUACUCGUCAACGGGAUGCCCUAUUUGGUCCCAGCUGUUUACCUUCCCAUGUUACAUUAUCAGCAGAUGCAACAGACAUAUGGACAGUUCCAAUUCCUCCCUGACGGCGCGCCAUUUUUACCCUCACACCAGAACAUCAACAACAUUAACGGCAAUAUCAACAACCCCAUCGUGGAUCAGGUACGCGCAGGCGCGGCCGUUGCAGCAGAAGCACCCCAACAGAACGCACAGGAAAUUGCCGCGCGGGAUCAACGCAGAGCCGCCUCUUUGUGGUUGUUGAUGAAGUUGGCGCACCAAACUGGACGGCUUCGAAUUGUUCGCAGGAUAGUUCAAAAUCCACCAGCAGAGGAUGCAGCGCAGGGAGCAGCAAACCCUGUCCCUGGCGCCGCUGCUCCUCAACCAACUCAAACCACCACUUCUACAUCUACGACAACUACGACCACAACAUCCACAUCUACCUCUGGCCCUGCUAACAGCAGUGCAUCGACAGCAAACAGCAGCAGUAACAGCGGCACCAAUACCCAAUAUGCCGCCACAUCCACCUCCGAGAGUUCAACGACCCAGCAGCAGCAACAACAAGGAGGAAAUGCACAAGCACAGGAGACAGUGACAGCAACAACAGAAGCAGCUCAACCUCAAGUGUCACCAUGGCGUAGCCUCGAGCAUGCACUGCUGACCUUUGUCACAUCGUUGGUUCCAGCGCCUCAGCCUGAUAUUGACCCUGCUGUUGCGGCUGCCGCGGCCGCAGGCGAUCGUGGGAUGUAA